GGAAUAUGCCCGUGUCGUCCGCUCGCUCGCCGUCGACGCGGGCGGCAUCCACACCUGCCUAAACCUGCCUAUAAAUCGAGAUCCUUGUCGUCCCCAAGAACCAUCAAACCCACACAGACAGAUAGCUCUGCCUCUGCAACGACUACCAAAGAAAAUCGAUCGAUCCAAUCCAAAUCCAAGCAAGCCAUGAUGAGGUCCUGCCUCUCCCUCGCCCUCCUGCUCGCCCUGAGCGCCGCCGGGUGCGCCGCGGCGCAGGCGGCGGACUACGACUUCUUCUACCUCGUGCUGCAGUGGCCGGGGUCGUACUGCGACACGAAGCAGAGCUGCUGCUACCCGCGGUCCGGGAAGCCGGCGGCGGACUUCGGGAUCCACGGCCUCUGGCCCAACCGCGACGACGGAACCUACCCGCAGAACUGCAACCCCGCCAACGCCUUCGAUCCCUCCAAGGUGAGCGACCUCCUGAGCAGCCUGCGCACGGAGUGGCCGACGCUGGCGUGCCCGACGAGCGACGGGCUCCAGUUCUGGGCGCACGAGUGGGAGAAGCACGGCACCUGCGCGCAGAACCUCUUCAACGAGCACGGCUACUUCCAGACGGCGCUCCACCUCCGCGACCAGCUCCGCGUCCUCGACGCCCUCGCCUCCGCCGGCGUCUCCCCCGACGGCGGCUACUACACGCUGAGCGCCAUCAAGGGCGCCAUCCAGCAGGGGACCGGGUUCGAGCCCUUCGUGGAGUGCAACCGCGACGAGUCCGGCAACAACCAGCUCUACCAGCUCUACUUCUGCGUCGACGCCAACGCCUCCGGCUUCGUCGAGUGCCCCGUCCAGCCCGGCGGCAGGCCCUGCGGCAACAGGAUCGAGUUCCCCACCUUCUGAUGCGUCCAUUUCCCUUUUUCUUUCCCUAAUUCAUUCACUCCCUGCGUUAUUAUUUAGCGAAGUUCAAGGGCUCGUGAUGUUAAUGAAGACAAUGUAUAUCAUGAAAUUGUGUAAACAUGUGGAGGGAGCCGGUUGCUA